AUGUCUUUAAUUGAUGAAGUGGAUUUUAGUAAUUCUAUGCUAUCAGAACUUUGCGCCGAUGUUGCUUCACUGUCUGAAUCAGAAACUAGUUAUGAUCGACCUCAAAAAAGAAAUAGACAAGGUGGGCUCGUUUUCGAUGAAGUGUGGGACUAUGUUAUUAGGCGUGAAAAAGUAAAUCCAGGACACUAUAAAGCAGAAUAUUACCAUUGUGGAAAAUUUUGGCAAAGGGGUAAACCUUGCAUUUUAAGGUCCUAUCUUGCACUUCAUUGCAAAAAGGUUCUUGAAGAUAUCCGACAAUAUUGGCGCAAUAAGCUUAUAGAUGUUGAUAAUGUCUAUAAGAGAAAUUCUCAAUCACAAUUAGUUUUACCAUUACAA